CUUCUGAUGAGCACAUCUGAACCUCGAUUCUGAAAACUUCAUCUUCACACUGGUUAGAGAUCCUCUGCUAAGAUGCUCCGCAACAUCUUUCUUGUCAGCUUGCUCAUAUAUGCAGUCUGUGGAGCUCAUUGGGAGAUCCGUGAGGUGGACUCUGCUGAGGACCAAGAUGAAGAGAUCUCUGCUGAUGGCAUGCCGAAACAGCAGUCAAUUGGUGAAUGCAUUAUAUGCAAAACGAUAGUAAAGGCGGUGAAAACAUUACUCUCCCAUAAACCAACGGUGGAAGAAAUCAAAACCAAGCUGAAAAAGGUCUGUGCUAUAUUUGACCACAGGAAAGAUUCGUGUGAAAACUUCAUUGAGACGUAUAUUAAGAAGCUGGUCGAUGAGCUGAUGACAGAUGACGCCCCAAACAAAGUCUGCUCUUUAAUUCUUAUCUGCUAAUAGGUCAGAACCAUAAAGGAGAUCAUUUUUGUACACGAUCAACCUCAUGACAAUUUCUGAAUGAGAAUAAAUUUGGGGAUCCC